AUGCCCGGCCUCAUUGAUGCCAAAGUAGACGUCGGUGCGUCGCCAGGUGCGCUUUCCACCUUUGCAGCCUUUGGCAUCACAACUGUCAUCGAUUCUACAAGCACAAACGCCGAAAGUCAGGCGAUGCACUUGGCUAUCUCAGAGAACCCAACUCUCCCAUCUUAUUUCGCUACCGGUUCUGCUAUUGGGCCUAGAGGUGCCAGUUUUCUGGGCACGUUCCCCUUCCGCGCUGUCCAGAUUGCUACAACUCCAGCAGAGGCGAAAAUCGUUGUGGCAAAAAAUCUCACCAGCACGGGAGCCUGGCUAUCGGGCACGCCUCUCGCUGAUGCUUACAAGCUCGCGCUUGACGCUGGUUUUGACAUUGUUACGGCCGUUCCUGUGGACCGUGCGCUCGACGCCGAAGUAGUACGAGGAUUUGCGCAAAAGAGCAUUGGCGUCGUCCCCACCCUCUCCUAUCUCCAGAAAGCAGUCCAUAUGGCAGAUAACACGGACUAUGACUUUGCUCAUGCCAUGGCUGCGGUGAAGCAGCUUCACAAGGCAGGGGUUCGGAUAUGUGCUGGGACAUCCGCGAACGAGGAAGAUGGCAUGGCCGUGUCAUUUGGUCAGAGCCUGCAUGAGGAGCUGCAGCUCCUCGCUGAGGCAGGGUUAUCCAAUAUCGAAGUGAUCCGGGCUGCAACAUGCGUUCCUUCUGCACUAUUCGGGUUGCGCGAUCGUGGAGGUAUUGAACCGGGCUGCAGAGCGGAUCUGUUACUUGUAGAUGGCAAUCCACUGGAGAACUUGGCUAUUAGCAACAAAAUCAGACGGGUUUGGAUUGCCGGGGUCGAGAUUGAUAUAAGGUAA